AUGGGGAGUACUAAGGGUACCAUGGAUAAGAAGAUAUUAGUAGACUUCUUGAAAGAAUUGGAUGAGUUUGAAAAUAUAAAUUGGAGUUAUACAGUUGAAGAGAAAAAAAUUGAGCCAAAGGGCAGAAAAAUCUAUAAAGCAAAAGACUGGAAAAGGACAUUGGCAUGCAAAUUUUAUGAGGAAAGGGAAAAUGUUAGUGAUAGAAGUGGUGAAGGAAUGGAUUUAUUAUGGGAAAAGUAUGAAAUGGAAGCCAUAAAUUACAAUACAAAAAGAGAUAAUAGUAAUACAAAGAAGAAGAUGAAGAGAAAAGGAGAGCUUAAUGGCUAUUUUAAAGAGGAGAAAAAAGAGGUGAAUGAGCAAAUUGAGCAAUUGUGUUGCUUACAGGCACUAAAAUUCUCAGCUGGGAAAGUGAAUUUGGGAAUAGGAAGGGCUAAUCUUGUAAGGAUUUCUAAAGCAAUUAAAGGAUUUGGAUGGCUAUAUCAUGUAAACAAGAAUAACAAGAAAGUGCAUUGUGGAGAUAGAUUUUAG